AUGAACAACCAGGGACAACCAGCCGGCCAGCAGGAGGACUACCUCGACAAGGGCCUCGACGCUGCUGAGAAGAGAUUCGGCCAAGGCAAGGUCGACCCAGCAAAGCAACGCAGCACGAACGAGAAGGUCACCGAUAAGGCUCGAGACAUGUUUGAGAAGGCCACUGGCAAGAAUGUGCCUGACAAGGUACGUCAAGAGCGCGAUCCCAUACAUUUCAGUCACGGGAAAGUCCUCUGGCAAUACACCGACAUUGCAACUGCGAGGCGGAACAACAUUCGGAGUCACAAGAUGUGCGCGGUGCCAGAUUUCCUGCUUGUGAGGGUGCAUGCUAGCAAAGAGGACUGGCAAACCCACAGCUCCGAUGCUUCCUUCCAUCCAACCCAUUGCACGAGUAUUCUCAAGGUCGACAUCAGCAGUGAGAAACGCAACAACCGCCUAGUCCAACCCUCCGCACUUUGA